ACAUCCUUCCUCACUUUUUUCUUCUUUAUUUCAAUCUCUCUCUCUCUCUCUCUAAAUCUAUCAUCACUGUUUCACUCAUCAUCAUCUCUAUAUAUAUGUAAACUGAAUUCAAACUCUUCCCUACAAGAUGGCGUCCUCCAAGGUGAUGGCGUCAAGGUCACCGCCCAACCCGGAUCCCCCACGUCACUCCUCAGCUUCCCCAUUAAAUCUCCAUUCCGACCACAGCCGGGGUUUCGGCUCCAUGAAUAUGGAUGAUCUCUUCAGGAAUAUUUACUCCGAAUCCGACUCCUUUCCUCUCCAGAACAACGGCGCUGCUGCCAGCGGCGAAGGAGGAUCGUCUGCCGUUGACGGUGCUGCUGGGGGAAUGAGGAGCGGGAGCGCGAACGGGAGUAAGACGGUGGAUGAGGUGUGGAGGGAUAUUGUCAGUGGAGGCGCCGCCGGCGGGGGGGCUGGGGAGCCGGGGAUGACUUUGGAGGAUUUCCUCGCUAAGGCGGGUGCGGUGAACGAGGAGGAUGUUAGGGUUCCGCCGGUGGUCACCAUGGCUCCUCCUCCGCCGACGGCCGGCGCUUUCGGUAUGGAAACGGGGAUGAUGAAUCCUGCCGCGGGGGUUCCGGCGGUUCAGUUUGCGCCGGCGGUGUGUGUGCAGAAUGGUUUUGGUGUGGAUUUUGGGAAUGGAAUUGCGGCGGUGAGUGGUAGCGUCAGCGGCGUUGGGAGAGGGAAGAGAAGGGCCGCUGUAGAGGAGGUGCCGCUCGACAAAGCAACGCAGCAAAAGCAGAGACGAAUGAUUAAAAACAGGGAGUCUGCUGCUAGGUCCAGGGAGCGAAAGCAGGCUUAUACCGUUGAGUUGGAGGCCUUAGUGACGCAACUGGAGGAGGAGAACGCUAGACUUUUGAAAGAAGAGGCUGAACUUAACAAGGAGAGAUAUAAGCAGCUUAUGGAGAACCUAAUCCCAGUUGUAGAGAAGCGAAGGCCUCCAAGAGUUCUGCGGAGAGUGCAUUCCAUGGAAUGGUAGGUGCUUUCUAGCUAUGACUCAUAAUAAAGGUAGAUGAAGCUAGUUCUUGCCUGCUGUGGCCUGUUAGUAAUGUCGCGAGCUGACAUUCUGGCAUGGUCUGGUUGGUGAUAUUUAUCUGAUAGUCAACAACAGAUGAAGUAGUCUUUGAUGUUCAUUUGUAAAGGAAAAAGCUGAAUCAGGCAGUUGAAACUUUUGAGUCAAAACAGAACUCUGACGGAUAUGGUGAUGCUGAGGGCGGUGGUCAGAUACAUAGUUAAAUUUGCAUAUUGCACAGCUAGGUCUUGUAGAUGUCAUGCUUCUAUAUUGAUAUAUAGUUUACCCCCACAUGCCAGAGAAAGGCGUCUCAAUAGUGCUAAUUGACAUCAAUAUUACAUAAUGACAUUCAAAUAUUUGUUAUGUAAUCUUAUUUAGCAAACUUGUAGCUCCUAUCUAAAAGAGAAGGAU